ACAACUCAUCAUUCCGGUGGAUCUGACUACUGCUGGAUCAGCGAGAUCGGAGUAGUAAACAAUAUGACUUCUUCGCGUGUUUAGCGUAAAACAUGCGAUGCUAUGUUCGGGCAUUGCUUCUUUGCGUGUUGUUCAGCUUGUGUUCGCUUCUUUAUGUGUUCAGUCAACUGUCCUCCAGGGUGGAGGACAGAAAGAACCUGAAGCUGAACAGACAGAAGACUCCCCAGAGAAGCCAGCCGGACUCCGGGGACCUUUCCUGGACAAGAUCAGGUCGCGAAAAGAACCGUGACAGGUGUAAAUCAUCAGUCUCCUACUGGAGUCCUUACCGGACACUGCCUGCUGAUGUUUGUGGAGUGAACUGCUUUUUGGAUUCACCUUUUAUUAGGGGUGGGAGAAGCGAAGAGACGAAGAAGCGUCAUGAAGAGACGAGCCACAUCGCUGUGGUGGCCUGUGGCCCGCGGCUGGAGGAGACGCUGAUCAUGCUGAAGUCGGCAGUUCUGUUCAGCAGAAAGCCACUGCACUUCCACAUCUUUGCGGAGAAUGAGCUGCACGACAGCUUCAGAUUUGCUCUGCUGUCCUGGCCUGCGGGAGUUCGGACCAAAUUUAACUUCACCAUCUACCCAAUCACGUUCCCGCCGGAGAAUGAGAAAGAGUGGAAGAAGCUGUUUAAACCUUGUGCCUCUCAGAGGCUCUUCCUUCCUGUAUGGCAUAGCGCACAUAUCUUCUGUCUUUUAUCCUGUGAAAUUCAUUCCUUUGUGCAUUUUCAGCUCAUCCUGAAUGAGGUGGAUUCCCUGCUUUACGUGGACACAGAUAUUCUCUUUCUCCAGCCAGUGGAGAACAUCUGGGCUCUUCUGAGUGAGUUUAAUGGAAGUCAAUUAGCCGCCAUGGCUCCGGAGCACGAGGAGCCGCGUAUCGGCUGGUACAAUCGCUUCGCACGCCACCCUUACUAUGGCAAGACUGGCAUCAACUCAGGAGUCAUGCUUAUGAACAUGACGCGACUCAGGAAGAAGUUUUUUAAGAAUGACAUGACAUCGGUGACACUCCGGUGGAAGGAGAUUCUGGUACCCCUCCUUCAGAAGUAUAAACUCAACAUUACCUGGGGGGACCAAGACCUUCUCAAUAUCAUAUUUCACCACAACCCAGAGAGCCUCUAUGUUUUCCCCUGCCAGUGGAACUACCGACCGGACCACUGCAUUUAUGGCAGCAACUGUCAGGAGGCGGACAAAGAUGGCGUCUUCAUUCUCCAUGGUAACAGAGGAGUGUAUCACGAUGACAAGCAGCCAGCAUUCCGAGCCGUCUAUGAAGCCAUAAAAGAGUAUUCCUUUGGCGACAAUAUGACGGCCUCCCUGCUUCAGCCGCUGGAAGAGUCCCUGCAGAAGACCACGCACACCUACUGUGGGAGGGCCAGCCACCUCUUCACCAAGAGGCUCAAACACAGCAUCAUGUCUGUGGAGCGGAUCUCAUGAGAAUCAUUUCAGUCCCUUUCUUCAUGCUGGAUGUCAAAACUCAGGAUGCUAACUCUGUGAAUGUUUACAAGAAGUGUGGCAGCGUGCGCCGACACUUUUGUCUUCAAGUGGAACAGCUGCUCGCCGAGUGAAGACACUUCAGGUUGCAGAUGGUUCUUGUUAGUUCUCUUUUGACCUCCUCUUGUUUUUGGACAAUCACGACGGAAAUAAAUUUGCACGUGUUGAAGCGUUCAGGUCAAACCACCAGCAGAGUACGUUGCUCCCCACACGCUUGUUACUAGUGAUGCUCUCAGAUUGAACCUAGCUUUAGAAAACUGCCGCUGAAGAUCAGUAUUUAUUUUGGACUGGGGGCACUUUCAAUGAGAUUAUUACAACAAUGUGCUAUUACUGUGUGUGAGUUUAACACUGAAUGUUGUUUCUUUUUAAUAGUUUUUAUUUUAUUACCAGUGUUUCAUGCAGUUAAAAAAUCCAGCCGUUCUUUCUUUCAAGUCUGUGUGACAGCAUCAGAAUUUUAAUAUGAAUUCAUAAUAGUGACUGCUUCAUAAUAAUAAUAAUAAUAAUAAUGGUAAUAAUAAUACUUUUUCAAGGUGGCUGCAAAUGAGCCGGACCUGCGCCAAGGAUACUGUGAGUCUCCUUUACGCACUUGUUUCUAAAUGACACAAGAGACACCCAAGGUUUGUGGUACUUGGUCUAUAUUUUGUCCCAGGAAAUACAAGCUUCCGUAUGUAUUUCUCCUGAGGAUAUUGGAGGUCUUCACUAGCCACACCAGUUAGGGACGUUCCUAAACAGAAAGUAGACGCCAAUAAGCACCUUAUUGUUUUGAAAAUAAGAAGCUUGGAGCCCUCUGCCCAGUCUGGCUUGCAUGGGGGAAACAACUUGAUCCUCACCUGCUGAGACAUUCUUGAGUAUCCUAUGCUAAUUCUAUAGAGAGAGAGUAUAUCUUUUUCCAAAAAUAACUACUCUGAAUCAAGCAAUGCUUGUUCCGGCAGGCCACCUCAGACAAAAAAACUCAAGAGAAACAGUCAUCGUACUAACACACAAGAACCUACUAAAGUAGUGAAUUGGCACCAAUGAAGCAGGACAUUGACCUUUGACAUUUUACAGAGACAAUUCUGUUACGUUUUUCUUUGGAGUUAACCACCAGACAGUACAGCUGCCAUCAGGAAUUGUUUUUCUUAUCUCUCAGUUACUUCGCCUCCUCAGUUAGCACCACUUUCUUUCUGUUUCCUCAUUUGUUCUUUUUUCUGUUGGCUGGCUAAUAAAUGCGACAGGCGAUUUGUUUUUCUUUAACCUUGAUGUGGGAGUGGCUGGUUUUUAAAAGGUGUACUGUAUGUCAUUGUGUCCAUAUAUUGCAACUCCAUAUGCAAUUGUACAUAAACAGGUGGUAUUUCUGGUGAGGUACAUGUAACAGUCCUGGUUGAAUAAAACGUUUUUUUUUUUUUAUUGCGCACUAAAGAGUUUUUCCCUGCUGCUGUUCCUCGGCCCUCGCCUGGUUGGCGCAGCCAUCACAGUCACUUAGCUACGAGUGCACGCGCUGCCUGAUUACUUCACAUACACAGAUGGAGCCAGACUUGAUGACAGAAGCAGGCUGAGAAUAAGAGAUCAAUGUGGGAGCGUGAAGACUUCAGAAAAUGUUGUUGAUGCCCUAAAAGGAGCUGAUGUGUUUGGGUCAGUAGCCUCUGGCUCCUCAUUUCACAGCGAGAUUGACACACGUGCCUUGAGUGCGCAUGAGAGGCUGCGUGAUGAAUUUCAAAAAGCUCCGACUGUGAAACGCCUUCUGAUGUGUUUUCCUCUCGCAUAUGUCAAACUGUUUUUUUUAUUUUGUUAAACACUAGUUCUGUGCCACAUUUGAGUUAUAGUUUGUUUUUUCUAUUUGUAUGCAGUGAAGUAACCAAUUUGAUGCUCAUUUUUAUUUUGUUUUCAUUUAUUUUUUUAAAUGUGUGACUAUAGGAAAUCUAUAAAUUUCUUUUUAAAUAGUAUAUUCUUCAGUGGUAUAUUGAAAAAAAAACCCUAAAAAGUCAGCAUUAAAAAACGUGUAUAUAUUCUUGAACUUUCAAAUCUGGGCAAUCAUUUUAAUGUUGGGAGACAGAAGGAUCGCUGUCAUCUGGCCUGCUACAUGAGACUCUGACACGGGGAUGACUCAUGGGUCACAAUGCCUGAAUUUGACCGAGGGGCCGUGCCAGGAGCAGAUGGACGGAGCCUCUGCGUGAACUGACAUAAAUGACACGUCAAAGGUUUUGAGCAUCGAUUUCAGCAUUUCCAUUUCAGCGCAUGAGAUGGCUGUACCUGGACCUCUGUAGCUUAGAGGAGGGAAAAAACAAAGAAGGACAUCAGUUGGGGCCAAGGACAUACAAAUAAUGGAUUUAGAGCAAUAGUUGCUGUGAGGAGUUGUUGUUGUUUCCAGGAAGCUUCUGACAUUAAGGACAGCUGACUCUAGCUGUUGCAUGACUGGAGUUUGUCGAUGGCUGACGUCGAUUCCACCCUGAGGAUGUGCGUUCAGAGAAUAGCUUGAAGACAAGAGUUUGCCCGAAAAUAAUCUCCACCUGGCAGCUUCUCACAUCAGACAUUGUUAAUAUAAUUUGCAGAGGUCCAGGAGCCUUGACCAAAAAGCUUAAUAUGUGAUGUGCCCUCGCUUCACUGCGCAGCUCCUUUGGUCACAUCUGUGGUGUAUGAAGAAAGGGCAAAACCCUCAGCUGUGAGACUUCCUGUGCUCACAGAAAUAGUUAUUUCUACACUUAACUAUUUAGUAUUUUCUUGUUGGCACAGUAGUGAAGUGAUGACCACCAUUUUCAGUAGAACACAUUACAUUCGGAUUCCUAAAGUCCUCACCUGUCAGGUGAAUCCGAGUCUCUCUUAUCUUGUCUAAACCACAGAAAUCCUACAGCCUUGUUAAUCCCUUCUUAUCUUACUGAAGUUGUGCAUCAAGCUAAUGUUUUUUGAGCUCUUAUCGCCCACGACGAGUCUGACAAGUCAUCUGAGAAUGCUAAUCCUGACAUUCUGGAUGGACGAAGGCUAUUGAUUCAGCCUGAAAGAGGGGGCGGACGCAGCUUGGGCUUGAAUGCUCCAGCUAAAGUAUUAGUGUUGCUGUAGAUGUCAGAAAGAAAAAGCUUCUUUUGAUCUCUGCAUUUGGGAAUGUGUCAAAGUACAGAAACAUUUUGGAAAAAUGCAAGAAAUUGAAAAGAUCUCAUCGGUCAAAUUACAAUGUGAACUCAAGCUUUGUGUAUUGGGUGUUUACCCAGGUAAUUGUAAAGAGAUUUACAUCAUGACACUGUGUUUUUUUUACAAGUCAAGAGAUGUAUUGGGAUGACAUGAAGAAGCAUGAUGGGACUGGGCAUUUAUCAUCGUUUCAAGGACUGACGGAACUUUGAUUGAGAAGGUCACAUACAUGCUCAAAGACAAGAUGGAAGAGUUUGACAAAGUGUGGAAUCCCUUCCUUUGACAUUUGAGAGAACGCAAUUGUUCCACUUGGACCGGACUGAAAGAUUGGAUGGAAAACUCUCGAUGGAAGUGGACAGAUACUAUGGUUCUUAUAUGAGUCAAAAAAUGUAUAGCCUUUUCUUUUUUCUUUUU